GCUAAUUGGCGCUGACUACUAUUAGCUAUUAACCGGGAUCUUGUAGUUUUGCAUAAGUGCUUCGAUCCAUCGAUAUUAAUAGCAUAGAAAAUUGCACAAACCGUGCUCAGUGCAGUGAUAGACAUUCGUGGGAAUUUUGGUCAUGCGCACUGGAGCGCAUGAUCACUGCCGUAUACACUUAACUAGAAUUUAGGAUAUCGUUGGAUCCCAGUGAGGAACAAAAUUUAAGGAAGUUACAGGGAAAGAGACAAGAACAAAAAAUUUCCUCUUAAUCUACAUAAGUAUAGCUAGAGAAAUACGUAGGGGAUCUUCGAUAAGUUAAUUUUUGUGUGAUUGACGAGCAUUUGAAAGUUCAAUUUUAUACAAAACGUGGGAAUUUCCAACAUGUACCUCUUUUUGCGCUAAAGAUACAUCUAUGGCAGAAAGCUAACGCAUGCGCAAAACGGAAUACCACGAGGGAAAAUUCUAGUGCGCAUGCCCAAAAUUCCCACGAAUGUCCAUCACUACCCCAAUGCAGCUAACUUCGCUGAUUAAACGAUAACUGGCGCUUUACGUAUUACAGCCAUUGGCUACGCGUAGAAAUGUCUCAUACAAUAUUGCUUGUCCAACUAGGCAAUAGACCUGAAACAAGAACAUAUUCUGAUUAUGAAAGUGUUAAUGAAUGUAUGGAAGGAGUAUGCAAAAUUUAUGAGGAACAUUUAAAGAGGCGGAAUCCAAAUACUCCAACUAUAACAUAUGAUAUCAGUCAGUUGUUUGACUUUAUCGAUCAACUCACAGAUUUAUCAUGCCUUGUUUAUCAAAAAUCUACAAAUACAUACGCUCCAUACAACAAGGAUUGGAUCAAAGAAAAAAUAUAUGUUUUAUUACGCAGAGCAGCAGGACAUAAUGAAUAAUUAAUGGAUAAAGA